GCAGAUGCUCCGAGAGGAUACAGUAAUCCAACUUCCAGAUGGAAGAUUCGAGCAGAAAAUUCAAGUCGAUCGACGAAAAUUGGAGUCAAUGAUAACAGGUCGAAUCGACAACACGUCUCAUCAACUGCCAACUGCCGAGUCAUUUUUUGCAAAUGUUAUGUCUUACUCGAACGCUGAAGUAAUCUGGCCAUCACAACUGAAAAUCGGAGCCAAAACGAAAAAAGAUCCAUAUGUGAAAGUAAUCGGAUCAAUCGAACAAAUUGAAUCAGCACGAACGCUUGUUUUGAAUAGUUUACAGAUAAAAAAAGAGCGAGUUUCGUUGAAAAUGGAACUUCAUCAUUCUCUUCACUCACACAUUAUUGGCAAGGGAGGACGUGGAAUUCAGAAAGUGAUGAAAAUGACGUCAUGCCAUAUACAUUUUCCAGAUUCCAAUAAAUAUUCAGAUUCGAACAAAAGCGAUCAAGUUUCUAUAUCCGGAACACCUGUUAAUGUAUUUGAAGCUUUAAAACACUUGAGGUCAAUGUGUCCGUUGACAGUCUACAUGAAGCUUCCCUGGUAUAAUCCAGGUCAACCUGAUCUACGUCCUCUCAUGUCACAAAUGGAUUUAGAUGUUUCUGUUGAACAGAAUAUUUAUAGUUUGGCAAUUAAAAUGACAGGAAGUCAAGACGCCAGUGUAUUAUUUGCAAUUCGAUUAGUUUUACAUCACUUUUUAUUAACAGAAGAAUAUUUGAACAUUUCCACUCAAGUUUUGGCCAGAGAAGAACUGAAUUAUCAAUUGGAGAAUGUAGAGGAGCAUCGGGAAAGGCUCCGAGAAGUGUGCAACAAGAACAACGUGACCAUUCAAACAUUUCCAGAAACACAAUCAAUUUCCAUUGUUGGUCCUCCAUCGGGAGUAUUAAAUGUUAGAAAAUUACUAAUUGGUCUUUCAAGUGUGACAGUUCAAUUUGAUUGUAAUAUGAUGGAUAUUCAUUAUCCAGUUCAACAAUUGGAACAAGAAAGAGGAAUACAAGUUACGUGUAAACGAAAAAACGGGGAUAUUAUGACCAUAACAAUGAAAUCAACAGAAUCAAAAUUAGCAGAAGUUCUUCAAUCUCGUGAAUUACUGUUAGCUCUACCACCAACAACAUAUUCAUCUCCUGAUGAUUAUGAUCCGAAUCCUGUGAUGAGCAGACCACCUAGUUUAACACCUUUGCAAACUGAAAUGGCAUCUGGAGUACGAGUAUUUUUGACUCCGCCCAUUGAAUCUCCAAAAUCUCCAGAUCCAGAGGACUCUCCGCUCGCGGCUUCGAUUUUGAAAGGAGCAAAGGAUAUUAGCAAAAAUAGCGAUAUUUGGAAAAAGAAAUCGAAAGCCGAUCGAGGAGAAAUGCUUAUAAAAGCAACGCAGGCAAUUUUUGAUGAUUCAGUUCUAUCAAGUCCAAGAUAUCCAACUGAUUUAUGGUCAGGUUAUGGUUUUAGUUCUUCUCUUCCAGCUGAUUUACUUAAAGGAAUGAUGGAUUUAUCAACUAAUGAACCAUCCACAAAUGGUCCUCCAAUGAUGAAUCAUUCACAACGGGGACUUUGUAGUGUACGAGAAGAAGAUGAAGAGCUCUCUGAUUUUUCAGCUUCAUCCACUAAUUAUGGAAUGUCUAGAAUCUUUGAACAACCACCUAGAAAUGUGUUCUCUGCAUCAACGUCGGUUUUCGAUUCGAACUCACUUCCAUAUAAUCUACAAUGGGAUAUUAAUUAUUUCACGGAUCCUUCCAUGGUUCUUGCACAACUUGGAUGCAGUGAAUACAUGACUCAGUUGAGAGAUCAGGAAAUCGACAUGCAUGCUUUUUUGCUGCUCGACGAGCAGAAUCUGAAGGACAUUGGAGUUUCCACAAUUGGUGCCCGCAAAAAGAUUCAUCACGCAAUUUUGAAGCUCCGCGACUCGGCUCGACUUAACGGAUAUGCAGUCUAGUCUAUAUUUUCGACGAUUCAAUAAUUUUCGGGGUGAAAUCUCACCGGUUUUCCUAAUAAAUCCAUGAUUUGCUGUUUUUUCAACUAAUUCUUAAACAAUAAUGAACUUUUCUUUUUC